GGGCCCGGCGGCGGCCGGCCGCGCGCACCAUGCCCUCCUUCGACGAGGCGCUGCAGAGGGCGGGCGAGUUCGGGCGCUUUCAGCGGCGCGUGUUCCUGUUGCUGUGCCUGACGGGCGUCACCUUCGCCUUCCUCUUCGUCGGCGUGGUCUUCCUGGGCAGCCAGCCCGAGCGCUACUGGUGCCGCGGCCCGAGCGCCGCCGCGCUGGCCGAGCGCUGCGGCUGGAGCCCGGAGGAGGAGUGGAACCGCACUGCGCCCCCCGAGCACCGCGGCGACGGCAGCUGCCGGCGGUACCUGCUGGAGGCGGCCAACGCCAGCGCCGCGCCCGACGCGCUCAGUUGCGCCGACCCGCUCGCCGCCUUCCCCAACCGCUCGGCGCCGCUCGUGCCGUGCCGGGGCGGCUGGCGGUACGCCCAGACCCACUCCACCAUCGUCAGCGAGUUUGACCUCGUGUGUGGCAAUGCUUGGAUGCUGGACCUCACACAAGCCAUCCUAAACCUGGGCUUCUUGGCUGGAGCCUUCACCUUGGGCUAUGCUGCAGACAGGUACGGCAGACUAGUCAUUUACCUAAUCUCCUGUUUUGGUGUCGGCGUCACCGGUGUUUUGGUGGCAUUUGCACCCAAUUUCCCUGUGUUUGUGGUCUUCCGCUUCCUACAAGGUGUGUUUGGAAAAGGGACAUGGAUGACCUGCUACGUGAUUGUAACAGAAAUAGUAGGUUCAAAGCAAAGGAGAAUUGUGGGAAUAGUGGUCCAAAUGUUCUUCACCCUUGGAAUCAUAAUUCUCCCUGGAAUUGCCUACCUCAUCCCAAAUUGGCAAGGGAUCCAGCUAGCCAUAACGCUGCCCGGCUUUCUCUUCCUCCUUUAUUACUGGGUGGUUCCUGAGUCUCCCCGCUGGCUGAUUACACGGAAGAAAGGAGAUAAAGCAUUAAAAAUCCUGAGGAGCAUUGCCAAGUGCAAUGGGAAAUAUCUCUCACCAAAUUACUCAGAGAUCACUGUUACAGAUGAGGAGGUUAGUAACCCAUCCUUUUUAGAUCUGGUGAGGACUCCCCAAAUGAGGAAGUGCACACUUAUUCUUAUGUUUGCUUGGUUCACAAGCGCGGUGGUAUAUCAGGGACUCGUCAUGCGCCUGGGAAUUAUAGGAGGCAACCUCUAUAUCGACUUUUUCAUCUCAGGAGUUGUGGAGUUGCCCGCGGCCCUCCUGAUCUUACUGACCAUUGAGCGUUUUGGACGACGCCUUCCCUUCGCGGGAAGCAACAUAGUGGCGGGGGUGGCCUGCCUUGUCACUGCAUUCUUACCCGAAGGAAUACCCUGGUUGAGAACCACAGUUGCUACCCUGGGAAGACUAGGGAUAACCAUGGCCUUUGAAAUUGUUUAUUUGGUAAAUUCAGAAUUGUACCCAACAACAUUACGAAACUUUGGAGUUUCUCUUUGCUCAGGUUUAUGUGAUUUUGGGGGAAUCAUAGCCCCAUUUCUGCUCUUCCGGCUGGCGGCUAUUUGGCUGGAACUACCUCUUAUCAUCUUUGUCCAUAUUCCUCUAAAUGUGGCAGGAAAAAGAAAACCCAAGUGUCCAGCUCUCACCUUUGAGGCCCGCUGCCAAAGACGAAAGGAAGGAGCUCUUAGGGUUGACCUCUCCCAAGGAACCGAUGUGCCUUGCCGACACGUGUGUGUGUCUGUUUCAGCUGUGUCAUGCUCUGUGGCUCCAAGUAUUUGUCGUACUGUACAAAGACAUUCAAACUAUCCAGAGUAUUUUUAUAUAAUGUGGGAUGAAUUAGGAUUUAGAGUGCUAUUGACGUUUCUGGGAACACGGUGUGUGACUGGUUUAGCAAAGCCAAGAGCCUGUUGUGUGGACAUCGCUGCCUGAGUUUUCCUCUGAAGCUGGAGCUGUGUCUCCAACCCAGUCAGGGAUAGACGGACAAGAGAAGCCUUCCCUGAAUUCUCACGGCUGCUCGCUCCGCCAUGGAGGCAAGAUGUUGCCAAGUGGGGAUCUGGGAACAGGAUGCAGCAAUGGGUUCAUCAGACCUGAGCGAGGGACUAAAGCUCUGACCUGAGAGCUCUGAAGAUUGGGGGGAGGUUGAAGUUCUGGAAAUCCUGUUCACGAAGAGGCUGAAUUGAAGAACCUUGGGCCACACGAUACUGAGCCUUUCCUUUCUCUUCUUGCUUCGAGCUCUCUAAGCCACUGUGGCAUCUGGGCUUGCCAGCAUCUUCAAGCCUGACUCCGUAAUUAGCAACAAAUUCUCCAUCCAAUUCGAGGAUUUGGCUCUGUUAUUUCUUCCAUCGGUUUUGGGCAUGCGAUGAUUGGGGAUAGUUUGGGUCCUGCCUUCGUGAACAUCUAAAGCCACACACUCAGUUCUUUACAGAACGAAAUCCAGGAACUAUGAUUUCAUGGGUCUUAAUUUUGAUCUUAAAGGGUUAUUUAUCUCGUACGUGUGAGUUCAGUUCUAGGACGCUGCCCGUGGUCAACAGUGAAAAACAUGGACUGUUCAAUCUUGACCCUUUUCAAUCUUGACCCUUUUAACCUGUCUUGGGAAGAAGCUUACAUUUUAAUUUAAAAGGAAGGUCAAUUAUAUCCACGAAUAAAAGAAUUAGCAGAAGCUUUGUAAGUGAUGUCAUAGACACUAAUAGGAGGGAUCUGAUCUUUGUUUUGUUACGGAGACUUUUGAAAUGUGGAGCUCCCAUGCAAAUAUGCUCUCUUUUUUUCUGUUGUUCUGCUUUAUCUGGUACAUUUCUUGUAUUUUCAGUAUAUAUCUCAUGCAGAUUUUUUUAAUGAACUAUUUUGUGUGGACAGACAGGACGGGCACCAAGGGAAAUCUUGCCAACGAAGAAGAAAAUCCUACGCAAACACGACAGUUAUGUACGAUGUGGGUGCCAACUGCAGACUAAGAUUUUAAUCCUUAAAGCACAACGAAACUGAGUAUGAAUGUUUGAUUUUUCAGUGAAAUAAGCACCACUCUUUGAGGACUUCACGCUGCAGUCACCCCUAUCCGCGGGCACGCACGUUUUCUCUCUCUUUGCAGCCCUCUGCUAUAAGAUGGCUGUUCCUCCUUGAUACGCUCACCUUGGAGCUAUACCCUGAGUUGGUAUUUUGGUUCUGGUAACAAUAAAGAGUUUUAAAUUGUCAAGUAACUUCGGUGUCUUUUCUCCCUCUUCCUGCUGAACGCUGUCACUAUAAAACUGUCCCCACGUGACAGUGUGUAUUUCCUAUCUGGGCAGCCAAUUAGCGAAGGAAAUUAAGCCGUCCACCUUCAAUUUAUGUUCGUUGUUCCUUCACGGGCUCUUGGUCCCAUUCCUGGAUUCAGACGUGACCCAGAAUAGCACUCAGCCUCCCUACUGGUCUUGUAUUACACUUGUAAUGCCCGUUCCCUGCACUGUGUACAGCUUUCUGCCCAGCAUCCCCUGUGCUGGGCUUACGUCAAGUCAUCAGUAACAGAUUUCAUUCCCAAGAAUAGAAUUUGUUCUCAUGACUCCCCAUACAUGUUGCAGCUCUGAAAACAUUCGUCCCUUCAUCUCAGUGCCAGGAUAAAGACCUUAAAAGAUGU